ACGACGGAGUGCUAAUCGAUCGUCCUUUCGUUUGGGACGAAAUACGUUGAGCGGGUAACUAGUCGUGCUUCGUGCUUGGCUAUUGGUGUCCAUUGCUACAUUGAAGUUUUUUUUCCAUCUCCAAGUGAUUUUGGAGAAUAUUUUGGGGAUUAAGGAUGGUAAAAAUGGAGCACGAGGAUGGUAAAAAUGAACCUGAGCACGUACGGAAGCUGUUCAUUGGUGGCUUGGACUACAGGACCACAGACGACUCCCUCAAGAAGCAUUUUGAGCAGUGGGGGGAGAUCGUUGACGUUGUAGUGAUGAAAGACCCGAAGACAAAGCGCUCCAGGGGUUUCGGUUUUAUCACGUAUUCUCGUGCGCACAUGGUGGACGAUGCCCAGAACGCGAGGCCUCACCGUGUGGAUGGCAGAGUUGUCGAGCCAAAGAGAGCAGUACCCAGGCAGGAGAUUGGUCGACCUGAAGCUGGAGCUACUGUCAAAAAACUUUUUGUAGGAGGUCUUAAGGAUGACCACGAGGAAGAGGAUUUGCGGCAGUACUUCCAGAGUUAUGGCAGCAUCAACUCUAUCUCAAUUGUCACUGAUAAGGAGACUGGCAAGAAACGAGGGUUCGGUUUUGUAGAGUUCGACGAUUAUGAUCCAGUGGAUAAAAUUUGCCUGCAAAGGAAUCAUCAGAUUAGAGGGAAACAUGUGGAUGUCAAGAAGGCAUUAAGUAGAGCAGAGAUGGCAUCAGCGACCGGUGGUGGUGGUGGCGGUGGUAGUGGUGGUGGUGCCGGUAAUCGUGGAGGACAAUCUGGGGGUAGGGGUCCGCGGGGUGGUAAUCAGGGUGGUAAUCAGGGAGGAAAUUGGGGUGGCAGAGGAGGUGGUGGCGGUGGAGGUGGUGAUUGGAAUAAUGGUGGUAGCCAAGGGGGGUAUGGUGGCGGUAAUCAAGGUGGGUGGGGUGGAAAUGGACCCUGGGAGAAUCAAAAUCAAGGCAAGUCAUCAAGUGAAAUAGGGGGUGGCUGGGGUGGACAGGGGGGCCAAGGUGGUUACAACUCCGGUGGAAACUGGAGCAACGACAAUUUCGGUAGUGGUUACCAGCAGGGAUAUGGCGGGGGACCAGUGAGAAACAACUUCAACUCUGGAGGACGGCCAGCACCUUACGGUACUAGUAUGGGUCCUAGUGGCCGGCAAUCUGGAGAUGGGAGAUGGAUGCCACAAUUCGGUGGACAAGGACCAAUGGGAGGCAAUUCCGGAGGGGGUGGUGGAGGUGGCUACGGUGGUGGCAAUCAGGGUGGCUAUGGAGGUGGCAAUAUGGGCGGUGGAAACAUGGGUGGUGGUGGCGGCGGUGGAAGACGAUAUUAAAAUACCUCCCAGAACAUCCAAAAGACUCUCCCUCGUACGGUGAUCCCCUACUACUUGUCUUCUAGUCCGCACAGUAAACAACUGUGCUGUGUUAGUAUGAAGGCGGCAGGCAGGGUCUAGAAAAUGCAGGACAAUGGGCAGGACAAUCAGGAGAUACAGGAGAAAAUGUAAUGAGACAGUGAAGUAAUGCGCAAUCGUGGAAGUUUCUGUAGAUCGAAGUGAGGGACUAGGUGAAUUUAAGGAUAUGAAUUUAAGUACUGUGACUUAGGCUCGAGUUAUUUCCUAUGAGGGCACCCCCAAGCUUCAUUCGUUACACUUGACAGAUAAUCUUAGUUUUAUUUUCACUCACGAAAAGUCUUUCCAUCGACAAAAUGACGUUUUUAAACAAUACAUUUUGUAUUUUGCAGUACAAUCUGAACUACGAAAUUUUUUUGUGUGCAAAUGGACAGAUGUAAUCUGAGCAGUUGCAUCCGACGAAAAAUGUAAUUAACAAAUCUGGGUACGAGUUUUUGCAAAUUUUGUCGUUUUCUUCAAUUAAAGUUGUAAUCGUUCAUAUCGAAUUUCGUGCAACAAUUUCAAUAUUCAACAAUUUCCAUUGGUAAACUGGAAAAUUUAUUUAUUUUUUGCGUGAUCAAUAUAUGAAAGUUGCAAUUUCCGUAGAACAAUCAAAGUGCAGAACAUUCCAGCAGACUCAGUUGUGUAGAAAGUCAUUGUGUCGAUGUUAAAGCACGCCUACGAGACAUUUAUUCUGUUCAAUAUUGCGUGUUGUUUGAGGCAAAAGAUUCAGAGGGUCAAUGUAAGAAUCUGGGUUUACCUAUAAAAAUCAAACUUUUUUUUUUAAUACAACACUGAUGGUAGAUUCAUAGAACGAUUCUUAUGUGAAGACCAAAGAUACGAAGAGCCGUUCAAAGGGAGAGUUGAAAUAAAAUUCGUAAAUAUUUAAUAUCAAGACUAUUCGGGAAGGGAAAUGAUUUUUUCCCAAUCAUUGAGAUAAGAAACGAGAUAGAAUAUUUGACAGCAUUUUAUUGUCGUGGAUGUGUUUAGGAUAAUACCCAAUUAAUAUUUAAGUUGUAUAAUGUCUUAAGAGGUAGUUUGAAUAAACAAAGAAAUUUCAACAACAAGUUUGUGGCCAGAAUCUUUUUUCAUAGAUUUUUUAAAAGAUUUAUUUGAUUUUUAAGCAGUUUUAACACAUUAUGAGCGUGCUGUCAAAAUCAUCGGAUAAUUUGUGUAGGUCAUAGGAUAUUUCAGUUGGAAGUUCAAGGACAACACUUACUGUAGGAGAUAGUUUAUUGUCAAAAGGAUGGCGAGCUGUAGUUGACGUACACGAAUUAUUCAGGAUUAUCUGUAAUUUCGACGAGGUCUGUGUUGCCUCGAUAGGUCAGUCUUGAUUAUGUGUAAGCACAGUAUUACGAAUCAAUCAUUUGUACAUUAAAAAAUCAAAAUAAUGAAACCCUAUAACGAUUGUA